GCGCUCGAACCUGCCCCUGGGAGCGGCGGCCGCCCCUGCGCCAACUCCCGGCGGCCUCCGCCGUGGGUUCUCCCGGUGAUGCAAACGCUCAAUUCCCGCAUCCACUUCGCACAGAGGCCCCGGAGCCGGCAGGAGCCGCGCGCCGUGGGCAACAUCCAGAAGAAGCUGGCAGGCAAAGGCGAGGGCGGCAAGCGGCCGGAGCGGGGCGCGUCGCGGCGGGCUCGGGCGCCAGGGGCCGGCACGGACAACCAGGGCCGGGUGCGGGCCUCGGCGACGGCGGGCAGGGCCCUCGGGCACCAGGGCUGCGGGAGCGGCGCCGGGGACCCCGCUGCCGCCCGCGCGCCCCCCGGCACCCGGCCGCUGUGUCCCGCCAGCCUGAAGAGCCGCGGCAACGAGCUCUUCAAAAACGGGCAGUUCGCGUUGGCGGCCAUUAAGUACGCGGCGGCGAUCGCGCAGCUGGAGCCUGCAGGAAGUGGAAGUGCAGAUGAUCUGAGUAUCUUACAUUCAAAUAAGAGCAGCAUGUUACCUAAAAGAAGGAUACUGCAGUGGAUGCAUUCAGGAUUGUAACAGGGCUCUGGAACUUCAUCCAUUCUCAAUCAACCUCUUCGUCGAUGAGAAUGGCCUCUGAAACUUUAAGAGCAGUAUCAGAAAGCUUACGUGGAUUAUAAAACAGUGCUGCAAAUAGACUGUGGAAUCCAGCUAAUAAAUGACAGUAUUAACAGAAUAACAAGAAUUUUAAUGGAUCUGGAUGGCCCAAGCUGGAGGGAGAAGCUAUGGCCCAUUCCUGCUGUGCCCUCUUCUGUGCAGCUGCGGGCUUGGCGGCCUACAGCAGAGACACCCCCACACCAAGAGGGAGAUGCCUGAAGCCACCACCAAGAAGGCCCCACAGAUGAAAAAAUGUUUAAAAUUCUUAAAGAAGAAGGAAAUCAAUGUGUAAAGGAUAAAAACUAUAAAGCUGCCCUCAGUAAAUACAGUGAAUGCUUAAAUCUUAACAAGGAAUGUGCCAUCUGCACAAACAGAGCUCUCUGCUACUUGAAGCUGAGCCAGUUUGGAGAGGCAAAGCAGGACUGUGCUGAGGCACUACAGAUAGAUAACAGAAUGUGAAAGGUUGCUACAGACGAGCUCGUGCUCAUAAAGGACUCAAGAACUGCCAGAGAAGUUUAAAUGAUCUCCGUAAAGUUCUUCUACUAGACUCAAGUACUGUUGAGGCAAAGAUGGAACUGGAGGAAGUAACCAGAUUCCUUAAUAUUAAGGAUAAUACAGCAUCACUCAAUAAAGACAAGGAGAGAAGGAAAAUUGAGCUUCAAGAGGUGAGUGCAGGCCAUGAAGAGGAGCCCGAAAGGACCUCAGAGGAGGUGGCCACAGCCAGCCUUGCUCCUGAAGAGGGAGACCCAAGCGAUGCACCACUGGACCACUAUGAAAAGCUAUUGAUCACUAAGCCUAACAAUGCCCAUGAAUUUGGUCAGGUUAUAAAUGCUCUCAGUACUAGAAAGAUAAAGAAGCCUGUGCACACCUUUUAGCCAUCACUGAACCAAAAGAUUUGCCAACGUUGUUGAGUAACAAACUUGAAGGCGAUAUAUUCCUCCUCCUCAUUCAGUGUCUGAAAAACAAUCUUAUCGGUAAAGAUCUCUCAUUGGUGUAUCAGCAUCUUUUCUAUCUGAGCAAAGCAGAAAGGUUUAAGAUGAUGUUGACACUAAUUAGCAAGAGCCAAAAGGAGCAAAUUGAACAGCUCUUUGAUGACCUCUCAGACACACCAAAUAAACAUUUUACUUUACAAGAUGUACAGGCCCUAAAGUUGCAAUAUGAGCUUUAAAUCAAGACUGUUAGAUUUCUUCCAUGCUUCUAUGUGCUCCAGUAAUGCUAAUGAGAUGGUAUUAUAAUAAAGUUGCAUGGAUAAAACCUGGCUUAGAAAACAUCCUUUGUCUGGACUAUAAAAUACUUCACUUAUUUUUAUACAUAACAUGUAUAUUCUACAAUCCACUUUUUUAUUAAUUGUAAAUAUUUUCUU